AUGUCACUCAUGGACAAGCGAAGCGCGAUGGAGGCUGAGAUGAACGCCAUCAUCGCUCGCCUCUCUCAGCCCGGAGCUCCUGGUAUCUCCGGCAGCCUCGUCGAUUCUGAGGGCUUUCCUCCCAACGAUACCGACAUCCUCGUUGUUCGAGCCGAACGACGUCGUCUUGCAGAGUUGCGCAAUGACCACAAGGAGAUAAGUGAGCAAAUAAACCAAAAUAUUCAAAUUCUGCAUUCAGCAAGACUUGGAAAUAGGUCAUUUGCCUACAAGAAUCCAGAUACUCAGACCUCAUCAACUAUGGACACUGUUACAUCACUGACAUCACAAAAUGUCCUUGUGAGACAUUCCCCCAAUUCAAUGGAUGUGGAUGUGUUGAUUAGUAGACCCUUUGCAAUGGUAGACGAGAUAGCAGAUGCAUCACCAGCUGUGGAGGAUGGUUUACAACUUGGAGAUCAAAUUCUUAAAUUUGGCAAUGUGGAAGCAGGUGAUAAUUUGCUUGAAAGGCUUUCUUCCGAGGCUCAGUCAAAUCUGGGUCGUGCAGUACCAGUUGUUAUUAUGAGGCAAGGCAUCGUGAUCAACUUAACUGUUACACCUAGACCUUGGCAAGGCAGAGGACUAAUGGGAUGUCAUUUUCGGAUCUUGUAG